UCAGGCGCUACAGCUCGGUGUGUGCGGAGCUCUGAGGUGAAUGACAAAACUGCUCCCAUAGCAGCAGAGAGUCGCUCAUUUCUUCCCAUCAGCUGGAGAUGAAGGAGAAGCACACUGAACUCAGUCCUUCUUCUAACUGCACAUGAUGCGCUCGCACCUGCUACUGCACACAAACCAUCGAGGGCGGUUGGCUAAAUGAUGGAUUUCAUUAGCUUAUUGGUUUUGGCUGAAGAUGAAGACGCCUUGAGCUUUAGUAAUCGACUCUGGGAUGCCUGAAGCAGCCAUUGGAUUCUAACUACCGCAUAUCAAACAUCACAAAUAUCCCCCGAACCUUUAGGAGAAACAAACGGAAUAUGAAUUUCACCGCAGGCUUGCUGAAAAAAGAGCUUCUGCUCUCAGACGCCUUGCUGUCCUCGAACGCCCCUUUCCACGAUGCCGAGGACUUCACAAACGAUGCUUUCCUCCACCAGAGUGGAGAGCUGGAGAGACUGCUGCUGCUGACAAUCAAAGAGCCCACCACUAUCGCUCUCACCGUGAUGUAUUCAUUAUCAUUUGGGGUGGGCUUCAUUGGAAAUCUCAUGGCCAUUCGAAUGCUCACCUGCCAGAAGACUAAGAGGAUGCAGAGCAUCAGUGCCACCCGGAGUUUGCUCAUCAACCUGGCAGUGUGUGAUCUGAUGGUGGUUUGCAUCUGCAUGCCUAUCACGCUCGGCCACACUAUCUACACCGCAUGGGUGUACGGAGACCUCCUGUGUCGGGCCGUUCCCUUCAUCCAGGCCGUGUCCGUGUCUGCAAGUGUCCUCAGCCUGACCGUCAUCAGCAUCAACCGAUACUACAGUGUUCACAGCCCGCUCAAUUCCCUCUCGUACUUCACCCAGAAGAAGAUCUACAUCACCAUCGUAUGCGUUUGGAUCCUGUCCUCGGCCAUUUGCGCACCUUUACUCUUCAUGAUCAAGCUGGACGAGAUCCACUUAAUCGACAUCGUCGUGCCAAUCUGCAGAGAGCUUUGGCCGCAGGCGAGACUCAAGCAGGUCUACAACGUGCUCCUCUUCGUAGCUCUCUACUGCAUCCCCGUAACCUUCAACCUCAUCAUCAGUUUUCUGACGGGAAGGAAGCUCUGGAAGGCUUCUCAUCAUUUCGACGAUUUUGAUCCACACAGCCAUGCCAUGCACGCUAUACAUCUGAAGAUGCGCAAGAAGAUCGCCAAGGUGGUGGUCACUCUGGUUCUCUUAUUCGCCAUCUCCUGGCUCCCGCUUUACGUUGCAGACAUCCUGAUUGACCACGAGGUUCAUCCACCUCACUGGGUUCUGCAGAGUCGUCCUUUUGCGCAGUGGCUUGGCCUCACUAACUCCAGCCUCAAUCCCAUCUGCUAUUGUUUCUUGGGCGAUCUGUACCGCUCUGCCAGAGCAGUCAGGUCCAGGUAUCAUCAGAGAAUGCUUUCCGUCCUUAGAUCCUCCAGCUCUUUUAAACUGUCCAGUUUGCUUUCUCUCAAAAAGCAGAAAUCUGACCGGCGACAGGGUGCCGUGAGCCAGGUGUCGGUGGAGACUCUUUCUGAUUGGUGUUCUAACAACAGCCAAAUGGUGUCGCUCCAAAGCCUCUCAGAGAAGAUAGUGUCUACAAACAAUCCUGAGUUAUCCAACUUGUAGUCAAGGUGCAUAGUCUCAAAAGGAAGCAGGGCACUUAUAGGGAUAGUUCACCCAAAACAUCUUUUGUGUUUCACAGAAGAAAGAAAGUCAUAGAAGUUUAAUGAAUAUUCACUUUUGGGUGAACGUUCUCUUUAAGAAUUGAUCAUUUGCUUUGUAGUACUGCCAAAAAGCAUGUGAUUCCGAUGAUUUGAUGCAACAUCGGCAUAGUUUGUAUUCAUAACUAACUGUCCACAGUUACAUUGUAUCAUCACAUAUAUUGUACAUGAAUAAAAGUUGCUUGAUGUAAAGUGGGACUUCCUUUAAAUAAAGGACAGUUUUGUAUAGACAUCACUGACCUCUAACUGAAAAGAGAUAAGAACAUAUCCCGGUAAAAAAAAAGAAUUCCUUCGCACUGACUGCAUGCGAAUUUUCAUGUUGGUCUGACCAGCUGUUCAUUCAAAUGUAAAUAUUUAUCGCACUAAAUUUUCACAUUCAAACAUUUGUCUUGGUGUGAA